UAUGGCGAGCGGAAGUCAACGUGACAGGCGUGGACGAAUUCAUGGUAACCAAUAGAAGUUUGACAAUUACAGCCAACUCACGAGUCUCGACUCUCCCGGGAUGCGUACGCAGGCAAUUCUAAGCCUCCUUUCAUCUACGUCUUAUGUCCUCAACAUCACUCACAAUGUUCUGAACCAUCUUGGCAGCAUUUCCCCGUAUCAUCGUGCUAGUCACCACGAUGCUUCAGAAAUCAAGUCAAAUCUCCCUGUCGACUGCACCGUUGACCAAGUAAUGCUCAUGCACCGCCAUGGCUCUCGUGGUCCCAUUGGCGAGCACAGAUAUAUAGAGCAGUUGGUUCAGACACUCCAUGACGCAACGGAUGUUAUCCAGAAAGUAGAACUGCCUCACGAGCUCCAGUUUCUGAGAGCAGGGUAUAAUUUCAGCCAGACACCACAUGUUUUAACUAUACUUGGGCGCAAGGAACUCUUUGAUCAUGGAGUCGAGUUCGCAUUGAAAUACCCACACUUGACAACCGACGUCAUCUUAUCUAGUGACUCCGGUCGAGUAAUCGAGUCUGCACGUUGGUUUGCGUUGGGUUUUUUCGGACUGGAUCCAGAUGUGCGCAUUGUGACUGUCAAUAGCAAACAUGAUCCAGUUUCUUGGAUCACUCCUGCACCAGGACCAGCUUGUCCCAAGUUCGACUACAGUUAUGGGAAACAGGCGACAUCAACAUGGAGCAAACACUACCUGCCUGUAAUUACUGAUCGCCUGAACAUGCUUCUACCUGGAGUCGGGUUCACUGAAGAUGAUAUCCAUGGGGCUUUGUUUGCUUGUGCCUAUGACUUAGCUUCCCAUGGUACUUCUCCAUGGUGUGGCAUUUUUCGACCUGACGAACUGGCUGAUUUUGAGUAUGAGAGGGACAUCUUAAUGGACGCUUCGUGCGCCUAUACGUUGCCAGAUAACAUAGGCCCUCUCGUGGGGACAGUGUUUGUAAACAAACUAAUUGAGCGCUUGACAGAUUCUAAAGGAGGCAGCCGCCCAUUAUAUCUUGAAUUCGGGCACGAUGUCACAAUUUUACUCGCUCUAUCUGCUUUGGGUUUAGCAAAAGAUGAUCCACCCCUGUCCCCCGACGAGCUACGUCCUGGGCGGAAGUUUCGGGUAUCUGAACUUACACCAUUCGCCGCCAAUAUGGUUUGGGAAAAAUUCACAUGUACAAGCUCUUACGAUGGACCUCAAAUUCGCCUUAUCUUGAAUGAUGCCACGAUGCCCUUGACUAUUUGCGGCCAAGGCAUGGAUCCUACAUUUGGGACUUGCUCCCUCGAUACUUUUGUCAAUGCGAACCAUUACAGCACAAGCAUUCGGUUCCGGGAUAAGACCUGGAACGCGACUUGCGGGGUUUAGAUCUACCGACGCAGUAUAGAUUCUUCUUGCCAUUACACUAGGUAUUUCUGUUCCGCGGAGGCCGCAAUUUAAUUUCAGCACAAGACAGUCUGAGGCCAUUGCGACUUGUCCGAAAUUUCAUUUUGGAAUUACAUCACUUUGUGGAAUGGGUGAUAUCCUGCGGUGCUCACCAGGUUUCGCACGUCUGGAGUUCCCCCCGAAGAUGCUGGGUUCUGGGUAUGAACUAAGGGGUGGUGGAGCAGUAGGUGCUAUAUGUGUUGGCUGAACUCGAACGUCGACCAUGCUCGUUAGUCCUGAAGGAGAGGUCGAUGUAGGGCACGUUCCCGGAUUAGUCCGACUGUCCAUCAGGUGCAUGUACUGUCAAGUAUCAGGGAAUUCGAAGUUUCACGCCAGCCGAUCUAUUUCA